AUGAAUCAAUAAAUUGAGACAUAUAAAAUAAAAACUAACAUCUAAAACAAAUAAGAAAAAAUUGCAUCUAAAAUAAAAUUUCUCAAACUUGUUUUAUGUGAUAAAAAAACUAUAAGGGCUUCUGCUUAAAUGUGUAAGAUUAAUUUUUCAACAGCAAAAGCAAUUCUAAAUAAAUUUAGAAGACUUGGUGUAAUCCAGCAAUCUUAUUAAGGUAAUUGAUAGUAAAUAGCAGUUAGAUUAAGAUGGUCAAAUUGACUUACUUAGACAGAUUGUUUAAAUUUAAAAAGGGAUUAAAUGUGAGCAAAUUUCAAAGACUAAGGAAAACAAGGAGAAGCUAUACAACUAACUCUAACUUUUCAUAUAAAAUAUUCAAAUCUAAAAGAUUAAUUCAUAAAUUCAUGUUUAACAAGCUAUGGAUGUAAAGGCUCUUUAAUAGGAGCUAAAUUUGGAAAAAUAAAAAGAAUAUAAGCUAGUUGAGUAAAUUGUGGAAUAGUAAAUAAUUUUUAUGAAAAAAAUAUGUCAAUGA